CCAUCGCUCGUCUUCCUCCUCUUCUUCUUCGGCCGCAGCACUGAGAGAGCAGAAGUGGAACCUCCUGGGAUCUUUGUACUAUUUUUUUCUGACCCUUUUGAGUACAUUAAAGAUAGUUACCGAUCUGGGUUUUGUUCUGUUCAAGUUGGAAAGAAGAAAGAAGCUGAGGCAGCGUUGAGGGGUUACCUAGUUUUUUCUCUUGUCGUUAUUCAUUUAGAGAGAGAGAGUGUGUGUAUGUGGGGGAAGGGGGAAUAAAGGGGAAAAAAAGAUAGAAACUUCUUUUGCCACCAUUGGAUUCCCUCGGUGUAUAAAUUUGUAUUGGGUUUUCUUUUAGAGUGUUUAAUAAUCUUGAAGAGGAGGAAAUAUAGAAGAAGAAAUGGCUAAUCGAUGGUGGGCUGAAAACAUACCCACCACCACGGACAGCAGCACCAGCAACCCUUAUUCGACUCCAUUAAAGCAAAGCAUAGAAGCUGUCGAUGAAGAGAAUAACUCCGGCAGCCAUGAGAGAGCCGAACCAGGCACCAGCUCCAGCACGCGCCGUCCACGUGGUCGGCCACCGGGAUCCAAAAACAAGCCGAAGCCGCCAGUGGUGGUCACGAAAGAGAGCCCCGAUGCUCUCCGGAGCCACGUUUUAGAAAUCGGCAGCGGCAGCGAUAUCGUCGAAAGCAUCUCAAACUUCGCCCAACGCCGGCAGCGAGGAGUUUCGGUUCUCAGUGGAAAUGGGGUCGUCGCCAAUGUCACUCUCCGGCAUCCGGCAGCCCCUAGCGGUGUUAUUACGCUACAGGGACGAUUCGACAUACUGUCGCUCUCUGGUGCAUUUUUGCCUGCCCCAGCUCCACCGGGAGCUACUGGGUUAACUGUCUACUUGGCUGGCGGGCAGGGGCAAGUUGUUGGUGGCAUUGUUGUCGGUGCCCUCGUUGCAACAGGUCCAGUCAUCGUUAUCGCUGCCACUUUCACCAACGCUACAUUCGAACGGCUACCACUCGAGGAGGAGGAGGCAGCUGCUGGAGACAAGUCUGGAACAAGCCAGAACAAUUCAACUUCUCAGAGCAUGGGGGAUCAACAGCAGCCUUCAAUGGGCGUUUACAAUAUGGCUUCAAAUUUGGUGCCAAAUGGUCAGGUUUCUUCACAUGAUGUGUUUUGGAGUCCUCCUAGAGCCCCACCACCAUUUUAAGAGAGAUAUAAUAGAGUGAGAGAGACAAGUAGGUGCUAGUUUUGUUUGAACUUUGAGAACUUGAUCAAGUUGAGCCGGUAGGAUUUUGUUUGUUUAUAUUUUGCUUUUCCCUUCUUUUCUUGUUGAAACUCAUUUCUCUUUUGUAAUGUUGUGUUAUGUGGUGGAAUUAAGUAUUAUCAUAUGAGGAUUCUUCUUUCUAA